CUUGAUUGAUUUUUUCAGUACUUCAGUACGAGUUUAUGUUUACCUAUGUUUGCCUUAAAACGUUAAUAAAAUACACACUGUUACUAAGCAGUUAAAUGGUGUCAAAAUAUAGUACGCGAAUGUUUCUUAUUGCAUUGAAAAAAAAAUUUUUUUGAAGAGUGAGCAACAUUUGAAAUCUUUCCGUGACGGAAGAAGAGUUAUCCAGAAAGUGACGUUGAAAGUGCUUUUAAAAUAUUAAAAAAUAAUAUGGAUACAAUCAAAACUACCAAAGUUUCUUUUAACAUAGUGCCCAUUACUGAUGAUGAUAAAAAAGCUGUUAUUAAUUCCUUAAAACAGUAUUUUUUCCGCGAUGAACCUUUAUGUGCAUGUUCAGGAUUAAUAGAAGAAAAUGAAUCAGUAAUACAACUUGAAAAUUUUUGCGUUGAUUUAUUAAAAGACGGAAUAUCGUUUAUGGCUGUAUCUACAGAAACAGGUGAAAUUAUGGGUGUCUCGUUGAAUAGCGCAACGUGUAGGGAUACCAAAAUAAAAGAAAUCGAUGAAGAGAAAAAUGAUAAAAGUCCAAAAUUUAAUGAUAUCAUGGAUCUUUUAAGCAAAGCUGAGCGAGAUAUUAAUAUAUUUGAGAAAUAUCCAAGUAUUGAUCGUAUAAUGGAAUUAAAGAUUAUCACAGUAAAUGAGGCAUAUAGAGGACAAGGGGUUUGCAAAACCCUCGUCAACAAGUCUAAAGAGUUGGCAUUGGAAUUAGGAUAUCAAAUGAUUUACGUGGAGUGCAGCAGUACUUUUACUGCAAUGGCUGUCGAAAGACUUGGAUUUCAAUGCAUAUAUUCGUUUCCUUAUUCAGAUUACGUGAACGAUCAAGGCGAAGUAAUAUUCAAGACACAGCCUCCUCAUAAAUACCUCAAAGUCAAUGUAUUACUUCUUUAAAAUAUUUUAUAUUUAUUUAAAUACCUAGUUACACUAAUGACCGAUUAAACCAAAAAAUCAGUAUAUUAACAUUAAAUAGUUUUAACCUUAUAAUAAUAAUUAUACCACAAUAGAAGUUAAAAUUAUAAAUAAAAAAUAAAUAGUUUGUCAUUUUGGUUUAAAAAAGAAAAUUUGAUGGCAGUUUACCGUCAAACAUAAGUGUGAAUAAUAAAGGCAAUAUGUAAAAUAUUAUAACGUAUGAAGUUUUAAUUUUUAAAUAUAAUAAUUUAAACUCUGAAUCUUGAUUCCGGUUUAUGAUUUAUGAAAAUAGUGUUAGUAGUACUAUAGAGAAUAUAAAAGACACAUCUAUAAGUU